AUGCAUACGGUAGCUCAAUCGACUAAUCAUUCUAAAGCGAUUACAACAUCAGAAUUGAUGACGGUGAUAGAAACCGUUUAUGGUAGCGUUAAUGUGACGAUGAGAACAAAUGGUAAUCACACAGGAUACACCGUUUUUAACCGGAUUGAUCAAGUAACGAUACCAGGUUACUUGACGAGCGUGUCGAUCAACUUUUUCAAUCGACCAACACCGGGCGUUGCUAAACUUUUCAUCAAUGUCAUUGCACUAACAUCGGACGUGAAUAAUUUUAUGAUUGUCGAGCAGUAUCAGAUACCAUCUGAAACAAUUACGAAUAAUGUCGUCCACAGUGCAGCAGAAACAUUCAAUCUACCCACAUCGCUGAUACGAGUAGACUACGGUCAUUAUGUCGGUAUCGGAUUUGGACCAGAUGGCGGAAGUGCAUGUCAACUGGAUCGUCAUAUGUACUAUAUGCAUCGAACUGAUCUUUUAUCAUAUAUCACGUCCGUUUAUCCGGCUAGGUUUUCGAAUAACAUGUAUCGAGGUGCCGCAUUCACGUUUACUAUCACAUCAGAAGUACCAACUGUCACACGCAUUCCAACGGCGCCAGUUACCUAUGACAGUUGUGAUCAGAAUUUACAAAAGAAGAUUCCGCGAGUCAGUGGACAAACGGGGUUUAAUUACCGCUAUCGUGCUCAGUACAGCGGUUAUGUGCAAAACAUCCGUUUAAACUUUUACGGAACGCUGAAUCGUGUAACAAAUACAAUUUUUCUUUUCACCAUCAGUGCCAUUCCUGACACAUCAACAUUAUUCCACAUUGUUGACACAUAUGAGGUACCGUCUGCACAAUUUCCAGACAGUGUCGGUAUUCAUAACAUUGAACUAUUACCUGGAGCUCUAAACAUCUCAGAUGGUCAAUGGUUAGCUAUAUCGUUUCAAGGUAUUUUUAGUUUUGAUCUAACGAAUGAAACUUUGGCCGUGGUGACGAACUGUGAUUCGUUUUCUAUUUCCAACGAGCACUCCCAGAUUUCAAGAGUGAUCAAAAUUCUUUUUGUACAGAACAACUUAGAAAUUGGAAUUUUUGACAGUAGUGAAAUUUAGUGAAGUUUUUCAAAACAAGUUAGGGUUUUCAUUUUAUUUUAUCUUUUAAAAUUUCCAAACUAUUUUACUAUGAUUCCAAUGUAAAGCUGAAUAACUUAAAAAAAACUGAAUCUGACAUUUUUUAAAACAUAAAAUUACCAAGAACUUUAGAGAGACUCCUGCCGAAACCGAGAAUGCUGCGAAAAAUCGAUUAAAGUUUAAGAAAUAUAUUUGUUUUUAAAUGCGAUUUUAGGAUUCUCGAUACAAAAUGACUCUGAAAUUCAAAUUUUUAGACUUCUGAAACUUUUGGGGACCAAGAAAACGUUUUUCAAAAGAGCUGUAAAAAUUUUUGUGUACAAAAACUGAAAUAGGUUACGUAAGCUAUAGCACUAGCUAGAAAGCUAUAUAGCAAAAUCCCCACACGAUUAUGGAUAGAGUGGUAUUGUUACUUCUAGCUUAUUAAAGCACAUUCGAAAGCGCAACGAUGAUGUUCGCUUGUUUUAUUUCACUUAAAGAUCAUUGGAGAUAGUGGACAUGAAACCUUCAUAAAGAGGAUCUUCAUAAAAUGAUGGAUCAUCGCUGACGUUAAGAGCAUAACAACGAAUUACCAAAAGAGUUGUACUAGAUCUGGGAAAUGAUCUUAGGUUAACGGUGCAACGGUAAAUGACAUUGCUGAUGCAUAUUGUUCAAACGACCAUCCACGGCCAUCAUACUCACACUGAUCACACAUUGGAUCACUUAACUCAAUUGCGCGCUCGUUGGAAAUAGAAAACGAAUCACAGUUCGUCACCACGGCCAAAGUUUCAUUCGUUAGAUCAAAACUAAAAAUACCUUGAAACGAUAUAGCUAACCAUUGACCAUCUGAGAUGUUU